UCAGAGCCUAUAGGACUAAGUGGAUGGACACUUCCGACAACGGGACUGCUUGACCUCAGAAAUUUGCAGCUGGUGCUCAAGUCCCUCACUGAGCACGCACCAGGCAUUUGAACCUGCUAAAGGCAAGAAGAAGGGUUUGCCACAUAGUUCCAAAGGUCUUCCUCUUAACAAAGGCGUCAGAGAAAGCAAAAUGAUCGAACCCAUUGGGAACCAGUACGUCGUAGCCAGGCCCGUGUAUUCUGCAAAUGCUUUCGGGGAGGAACAUAAGAAGAAACAGAGACAUCACAAGACCUUUCUGGAUCAUCUCAAAGGGUGUUGUAGCUGUUCCACACAGAAGGCCAAGAAGAUUGCCCUGUCUUUGUUCCCCAUAGCAUCUUGGUUACCAACCUACCAGAUAAAGGAAUGGCUACUCAGUGACAUUGUUUCUGGAAUCAGCACAGGGCUGGUAGCUGUACUACAAGGCUUAGCAUUUGCUCUGCUGGUCACUGUCCCCCCAAGCUAUGGAUUAUAUGCAGCCUUUUUCCCAGUUCUGGUCUACUUUUUCUUGGGCACUUCAAAACACAUAUCUGUGGGUCCAUUUCCAGUUCUGAGUAUGAUGGUAGGAGCCGUCGUUGUGAAAUUAACCCCAUCGGAGAGUACAGCUGCUCUAGAAAUCUCUAAUAGCUCAAUGAGCAAUGAUUCUUCAACAGACGAGUAUAAGGUGAUGGUGGCUGCCACGGUCACAGUCCUUUCUGGAAUCAUUCAGUUGCUCAUGGGGGUCCUGCGGGUCGGAUUCUUGGUGAUCUAUUUAUCAGAGUCCCUCAUCAGUGGCUUCACCACAGCUGCUGCGGUGCACGUCCUGGUUUCUCAGCUCAAGUUCAUGCUUCAGCUGACGGUCCCAGCACACACUGAUCCAUUUUCAAUUUUCAAAGUACUGAAUUCCGUAUUCACGCAAAUAGAGAAGACCAAUAUCGCAGACCUUGUGACCUCCUUGAUUAUCCUAGUGAUUGUAUUUGUGGUUAAAGAAAUCAAUCAGCGCUACAAAGCCAAACUUCCAGUGCCCAUCCCAAUUGAACUCAUCAUGACUGUGAUCGCAACAGGUGUGUCCUAUGGCUUUGACUUCGAAAACAGGUUUAAGGUGGCUGUGGUUGGGGAGAUGAAGAGAGGAUUUCAGCCUCCCGUCGCACCCGACACGCAGAUUUUCCAAGAGACCAUCGGGGACAGCUUCGGCAUUGCCAUCGUUGGCUUUGUGGUAGCCUUCUCCGUGGCCAGUGUCUACUCCCUCAAAUACGAUUAUCCGAUCGAUGGCAAUCAGGAGUUAAUAGCCUUGGGACUGAGUAACAUAUUCAGUGGAUCAUUCAAAGGCUUUGCUGGGAGUACCGCCCUCUCCAGAUCGGGGGUUCAGGAGAGCACUGGGGGCAAAACACAGAUCGCUGGGAUUCUCUCUGCUAUCAUCGUGCUGAUUGUCAUCUUAGCCCUUGGAUUUCUUCUGGAACCACUACAAAAGUCUGUCCUGGCGGCAUUAGCACUUGGGAACUUGAAAGGAAUGCUGAUGCAGUUCACAGAGAUACGGAGACUCUGGAGGAAGGAUAAGUAUGAUUGUCUAAUUUGGAUCAUGACCUUCAUCUUUGCCAUUGUCCUGGGACUCGGUUUAGGCCUGGCAGCUAGCGUGGCAUUUCAGCUUCUGACCAUUGUGUUCAGGACCCAAUUUCCAAAAUGCAGCACUCUGGCUAAUGUCGGAAGGAGCAACAUCUACAAGAAUAAGAAGGAUUACUCGGACAUGUACGAGCCAGAAGGGGUGAAGAUCUUCAGGUGUCCGGCCCCCAUCUACUUCGCAAAUAUUCAUUUCUUUAAACAGAAACUUAUUGAUGCUGUUGGCUUCAACCCGCUACGAAUUCUACGCAAGCGCAACAAAGCUUUGAAAAAAAUCCGGAAGCUGCAGAAGAAAGGCCUGUUGCAAGUGACACCCAAAGGGUUCAUAUGCACCAAUGAUGGUUUUAAAGAUUCUGACGACGAGCUGGACAACAAUGAGAUAGAAGAGCUGGACCAGCCAAUCAACACCAGUGACCUGCCCUUCCAGAUAGACUGGAAUGCCCAUCUUCCUCUCAACAUGGUGGUCCCUCAAAUCAGCUUGCAUAGCCUUAUUCUUGACUUUUCAGCGGUGUCAUUUCUUGACAUUUCUUCAAUGAGGGGGCUCAAAACGAUUCUGCAAGAAUUUAUCAGGAUCAAUGUAGAUGUGUAUAUUGUUGGAAGUGAUGACGAUUUCAUUGAGAAGCUUGUACAGUGUGAAUUUUUUGACGAUGAAGUCAAGGACUCAAUCUUCUUCUUAACAAUCCAUGAUGCUGUCUUGCACAUUUGGAUGACAAAGGACUACAAUGCUUCCAAGUUUAAUGCCAGUCAGGAAAAAGAAAUGAAAUUUGAUUUUACCAUAAAUACAAAUGGAGGAUUACGUAAUCGGGAAUGUCAGGAAAAGGCCAAGAGAUCAUGUUGGAAGACAAAAAGAAAACUUACGUAAGUCAGAGCAAGCACUGAAGGGAAGAGCAUAUCCAGUGAUGCAACUGGGAGAUAGAGCAACUUGUGAAGAGACAGAUACGGUACUGCAAUU